GGGUAGACGGUGAACAUAAGAAUAAAUACAGAAUCACGAUAACAGUUCACGACCCUUGGCCUUCUUAUCAUCUAAUCUCCCCAGAACGGCUUUAACUAGAAAAGCUCAGAGCGUUCGCCAUCAGUUGGGUCUCGCAGUCUCUCCAAGUCAGAUUUUUUUUUUAUCCUGAGUUCUCUCAUCAUUAAUCCACAAAAUGGCACGUUGGUACUUGAUUGUUAUGGCUAUUGCCUUCUUCAUCUGCCUGAUUGAGGCUGCUCCAGCCCAGGAGGAUAACAACACCAACAAAGUCCAAGAAGAUUUGAACAACGUGUAUGAGUCAUUGAAACAGACCUUCGAGAAUAUCUCCAAGGAUCCCAAGAUACAGGAUUUGGUCCAGAAGGGCCGGGAGUUGCUGGAGGAAUUAAAACAGGGAGCUGAUAAAAUCAUCCCCAAAACCGGGAGCCCUCCCAGCUCAUAAAUGAGACAUCUACGCUCUCUUCUCAUCGCUGUAAAUUAAUUAUCUAAGAUUUUCUGUAUCUGAUAAUUUUAUGUAAGGGAACCAACAAAUAAUGAAUGGAGUUUUUGUCUCACGAUGUUAAUAUAUGAUAUAGAAGAGAGGAGAUAUGGUAAUUAAAUAAAAUCACAAACGAUGGAAAGGUUAA